CAUCUCAGCCCCUCAUUGCUUCCUCCGCCCAAACCAAAAUAACCCAAAUACACACGGUACAGGACUACAGGUUCUCUCAUUCUCCGUCAAACACACGCACACAGAGCAAUGGCAGCCUCGCUCUCCAUCUCCAGACUCCUCUCCUCCACCACCUCCCUCUCUCUCUCCGCCAGAACCUCAGCCUCUCUCUUCCCAACGGCCAAAACCCUCUCCUCUAAACCCUACUUCACGUCUCUCCCCCUCAAACUCCACAACAGCCACCCAAAACCCCUCAAACUCUCCACCACCACCACACCCAAAUCCACAAUCUCCGCCGCCAUAGCCGUCGGCGACAAGCUCCCAGACACCACGCUCUCCUACUUCGACACCGCCGGCGAGCUCCAGACCACCACCAUCUCCGACCUCACCAAGAACAAGAAGGCCAUCCUCUUCGCCGUCCCCGGCGCCUUCACUCCCACCUGCUCCCAGAAGCACCUCCCGGGCUUCGUAGACAAGUCCAAGGAGCUCAAGGCCAAAGGGGUCGACACCAUCGCUUGCAUUUCGGUCAACGACGCCUUCGUCAUGAAAGCCUGGAAGGAGAACCUCAACAUCAACGACGAGGUGCUCUUGUUGUCCGAUGGGAACGGUGACUUCACCAGGGCCAUCGGGUGCGAGCUCGAUCUGAGCGACAAGCCCGUGGGGUUGGGCGUGAGAUCCCGAAGGUACGCGCUCUUGGCGGAAGAUGGGAUCGUCAAGGUCUUGAAUUUGGAGGAGGGCGGUGCGUUUACGUUCAGUGGGGCUGAGGAUAUACUCAAAGCUCUUUGAAUUUGUGGGCAGCAGGAAUUGACUGAAAUGUUUGAGAAUGGAGGACAUCCUUAACAGGAGAGAGUACCCUUUGUGCUCUGUUUCAAACAACAGUACAACGCAAACCAAUUCUUGGAACGCUGUUCAACCAUGCAAGCUACAAAUCAAGUGCCCAAUAGUGUAAUGCAACCCGAAAGCAAUUCUUGGAACACUCUUCGACCAUGCGAGCUACAUAAUUUUACUGCCCACGGCAGCUAAGGAUAGCCAAUUAGUGUUUGUCAAUGCUAGAAUUUAUUAAUUAAAUGAAUUGUUUUUUAAUUAGGUUAAGUUUUUGAAUAAAUAAUGAAUUAACAUGGUA